GAAGAAUUUAAUUUACGAACGGCUUAUUCAAAAACCAUUAAAAAUAAAGGUAUAGUUUUGUUAAAUGAAUCAGGAAACCCAUAUCCAAUUGAAGAUGAAAUUUUUCAAAAAGAAUUACGUCAAAAUUGUUUGAUAAUCAAUAUUGGAAAUUUCGAUUUACGAAAAAAGAAUGAGGAUAGAAAUCUGACAAAUGAAUCUUUGCAUUAUGGUGAAAGUGUGGUCAUUAGUUAUAUAGAUAAAGAUGGGGAUGAAAAAGAUUUGUUGUUAACUUUGGAGGAUUUCGAAUAUGAUAAAACGUUAAAUUAUGAAAAUGGUAAUGGGAAACGUAGAAUGAGUUAUGAGGAAAAUAGAGGAGAGAGUGAAAAUAUAAAAUGUGCCAAAUUUGAUGAAUCAG